AUGAUUGCCAAGACCCUCCUUCUGGCCCUUGUCGCUGCCCCGCUGGUCGCUGCUCACGGCAAGGUUGCUCAGGUAACUGGUGAUGCGGGUGGUAACGGUACUGCACUGGCCAUCCAGGGAGGUGUGGUGCCCGGUCCUGGGCCCAACAGGAAGACUGAGGUUGACACUACUAUCUUCGGCGCCAAGAACAUCAUGUCCGACGGCCUUGGAAAGACCAAGGGCGCAGGAAAGGUCAAGGCCGAUGACAUCCAGCAAGCAAUGGCGCUGUCAGGCAACACCCUUCCUCAGGUGUCUUCCACCGGCGGCUCAAUUUCUGGCACAUUCCACGUCGUUACUACCGAUGGCGCCGGCCCUGUAAAUGCGGUUCUGGACCCCACAGGAACCGGCGCCUUCUCGCAGGGCACGAUGCUCAAGACUGUAACGCAAGUUCCCGGAAAGGGCGGCAACAUCAGGCCUGACGGCACAGUUCCCGGCGGCAAGCGAUCUCUGUGGGAGAGGGCCAUGAGUGUCAUUUACAAGCGCGCGGCCAAUGUCAACAUGGACUUUCCCAUGAAGUUCGAAGUGCCAGCCGGAACCACGUGCACUGGUACUAUGGGUGGCCAAAGCAACGUCUGCUUGGUCAAGAUUGCCAACAGCAACAAGGCUGGCCCAUUCGGUGGUGUCGUGCCGAUCCAGAUCGCCGGCGCCGGCGGCAAUGCAACUGCUGCGACGGGCAAGCGCGCCGUUGAGUUUCAGGGCUAA